GUUCUUUUGAAAUCAAGUUCGACAGACCUGUAGUGCUGACAGAUGAUUAGGCAUAGCGUUUGUUUGAGUUCAGUUUGGAAGUGAAUUAUUUUGCAAUGUGUACCUGGCGUGUAUAGCAAAAUAGGAGCUGGAGACCCUGAUCCACAUGGCUGUGUAUGAUGAGAACAUCCUGAAGAACCCUUUCUACCUCGCCCUCCACAAGCUUCGCCCGGACCUAUGCAGCAGAGUGGCAGAGCUCCACGGCAUUGUACUGGUUCCGUGUCGCGGGAGCCUUGCCUUCAGCACCUACUCCCCGGCCCAGUUUGAGGGCUAUGUCCUGCAGCCUGUGGAUGGGGGCUACCAGACCCUGGAUGGGAAGGAGAUCUCCAUUCAGGAUAGUGUGGUGACGCUGGGCGCUGGCUUUGAGGCUCCGGGCAGAGUCUCCAUCUUGUUCGAGGAGACCUUCUACAACGAGAAGGAGCAGAGCUACAGCAUCCUGUGCAUCGCCCGGCCCAUCGAGACUGACCAAAGCCUGGUGGAGGAGGCCCCCACGCCCACGCCGUAUUGCCUGAAGAAUGUCGACGACGUCAAGGAGUUCCUGGGCCGCCACGCCGAGAAACUGGACAAGUUCAUUCAGACCUUCCGGCACUCCUUCAAGGAGCAGGAGAGGAAGGGGCUGCGGCACCACAUCGACUCUGUGAACGCACUUUACACAAAAUGUCUUCAGUGCCUACUGAGGGACUCCCGUCUGAAAGUACUGGCCAAACAGGAGUUACAGAUGGCCCUUCUCAAGCAAGCAGUGGAGAUGUACAUUCAUCAUGGUAUCCAUGAUUACAUCUUCAAGCACGUGGGAACUAUUGAAGCCAGUCAGGAUGCAGCGUUCAAUAAAAUAACGAGGAGUUUGCAAGACCUGCAGCAGAAGGAUCUGGGUGUGAAAUCUGAGUUCAGCAUUAACAUCCCGCGGGCGAAGAGAGAGCUGAGUCAGCUGAACCGCUGUGCCUCCCCCCAGCAGAAGCUGCUGUGUCUGCGCAAGGUGGCGCUCACCAUCAUGCAGACUCCCAGCCGCCCAGCAGUUAACAUCGAGGCCAUGUGUGCGGAUGAUCUCCUUUCUGUCCUCUUGUAUCUGCUGGUGAAAACGGAAAUACCCAACUGGAUGGCCAACCUCAGCUACAUGAAGAACUUCCGCUUCUGUAACUCUGCCAAGGACGACCUGAGUUACUGCCUGACGUCGUUCGAGGCCGCGGUGGCGUACAUCAGCCAGGGGAACCUCAGCCCAGGGGCCACGGGGUCCGGGGAGCUCAACGACAAAGUGGUGCUCAGGCAGAAGAUGAACCUCCUCUCUCAGAGCGCUGCGACCCCUAUCGACUGCCUGUUCGAGCACAUCUCUAACGGCAGUGAGGAGGAGGUGAGGCGGUUGCUGAGUGAGGGGGAGAGUGAGGAGGACGGGGCUCAGCUGUGCCACCCGCUCUGCUCCUGUGACCAGUGUGAGCGCCACCUGUCUGGGAGGCUAAACGACCCCUCAAUUGUCACCCCAUUCUCCCGGGACGACAGGGGCUACACCCCCCUCCAUGUUGCUGCUAUCUGUGGUCAGUCGGCGCUGAUCGACCUGCUGGUCUCGAAGGGAGCGCUGGUCAACGCCACAGACUACCACGCCUUCACCCCCCUGCACCUCUCCUGUCAGAAGGGCUACCAGGGCGUCACGUUACUCCUCCUGCACUAUAACGCUAGCACAGACGUCCAGGACAACAAUGGGAACACGCCCCUGCACCUGGCCUGCAUGUACGGACAUGAGGAUUGCGUGAAGGCCCUGGUGUACUACGACCUGCCGUCCUGUCGGCUGGACAUCCAGAACGACAAGGGGGACACGGCGCUGCACAUCGCGGCUCGCUGGGGCUACGGGGGCGUGAUGGAGGUUCUGCUGGAGAAUGGGGCGAGCACCUCGCUCCAGAACCGGGCCAAGGAGACGCCCCUGCUCUGCGCCCUCAACCCCAAAGUCCUGGCCCUGCUGGAGCUCACACACAAUGGUUCGCACCGAGGAGGGAUUUCUGGCGAGUCCCCGAGCCGGUCCCCCGUGCCCACGGGGUGCUCCCUCAGCCGCCGCUCCUCCAUGUCCAGCUCCUCCUCCCUCAACACCGACGUCCAGCCCGAGGGAGACCGCGUGCGCCACAAAGAGGUGGAGAAGCUGUUACGUGCCGUUGCAGACGGUGAUGUGGAGAUGGUGCGCUACCUGUUGGAGUGGCUGGACGAGGAUCCGGAGGAGGAGGAGGCAGCCCCACCCUCGCAGACCGAGCUGUGCCACCCCCUGUGCCAGUGUCCCCACUGCGAGCCCACACAGAAGAAGCUGGCCAGCCUGCAGACGAGCGGUCUGGGGGUGAACAGCGGCUCAGCGGACGGUUUUACGCCCCUGCACGUAGCAGCCCUGCACGGGCACGCCACCCUGGUCUCGCUGCUCAUCCGCCAUGGAGCCUGCGUCAACGCCCGCAACACACAGAGCGCCACGCCCCUGCACCUGGCCUGCCAGAACAGCCACACACAGGUGGUGACGUCAUUACUGGAGUGCAACGCUAAGCUCAAUAAGAAGGAUCAGUUCGGGAACACUCCUUUAAUCCACACCUGUCUUAAAGGCCACCAGGAAACGGCGGCCGUUUUACUCCAGAGCAGUGCCUCUCUCAACGUCGCCAAUCACCAGGGCAACACGGCCCUGCACGAGGCCGUGAGGGGGGGCCACCAGGGCCUGGUGGAGCUGCUCCUGCAGGGGGGGGCCGCCGUCAAUCUGAGGAACAAGAGGCAGAGGACCCCCCUGGACUGCGCGCAGGAGAUGGGAGGCAAGAACACAGAGAUCGUGCGGAUCCUGCAGAUGGCUUUGGGCUUGUCUCCAGAGGAGCACCCCAUCGCUGUGCUGUCUGUUCCCCGAGGAGCUCUGGGCAAGACGCAAUCCUUCGUGCAGAGGCUGCGAGCGUUGGACGAUCCGCACGGCCGACGGCGGGAACUGGCCCUGUCCAUCCAGCGGGCACAGAAGAUGAAGAAGGGCUUGCCCAGGGACACCAGCGUGCCGUCCUUCGACUCUCCGCGUGUGAGCCCGGUACCUUCCCCUCCAACCUUUACAGUCAAAUAAACUCACAUUACAUCACAUUACAUCAGUUAUUUAGCUGAGGCUUUUAUCCAAACUGACUGACAGUCGAUUAGACUAAACGGGGGACAAUCCCCCCCUGAAGCAAUGUAAGGUUAAGGGCCUUGCUCUCAAGGGCUCAACAGCUGUGCAAAGCUCAUCAUGGCUAAACCGGGGCUUGAACCACCAACCUUCUGGGUCCCAGUCAUGCACCUUAGCCACUAGGUUACAUGCAGGCCCCCGAGAUGAUAUCAGGGCCCUCUGGACUGAGGGUUGUGGGUUCAUAGCCCGCCACCUGGGGGCGACAUUACCUCCGCAGGUAAGAGCGUUCAUCUGGCAAGGUUGCCGGUUGCCGGUUCCAACCCGCACUGGGUUUGUUGAAGUGUCCCUGAGCAAGACCCCUAAACCCCAAUUGCUUCCAGCGAGCUGAUUGGUGCUCUGCAUGACAACCAGUCACUGU